CCGUUGUUGAUUGGUUACUAAUAAUUGAUCAGGCGUGUUUCGUGCUUGGUUGUGGUAUAUUCUACCCUAUUUUCCUCUUGGAUUGUAUGCCUCAUCAGUCAGCCUCUUAUUAAGUACUCUUUUUCUUAUAAUCUUAAUCUUACUAUAAGAAGUUUGUGUUAUACUCGACAUUUAUCUUCUUGGCUAAGUAUAACAAACUGAAUGGAUUACAUAAAAACACCUCGUUUAGCAUCUCAAAGCAGGAGGAAACUAAUGGAAUCUGAUGAACUUGCUCAAAACAUGUCACACUUGAACAAUGGUUUUGAAAUGAGAGAAUCAGCUUUAGAGCCAAUUCAACACAGAUCGAAGAAAAAGAAAAAAAAAUCUAAAAAAAGACCGUCUUUCUCGGAUACCUAUACUAUGGACGAUGUUUAUAAUAGGCGUCCAUCGGUUGCCAGUAACGGCGAUUCAACAGUGACACCUAGCGACGACGUCUACUCUAAGAAUUUAGAAAGAAGCCGUAUGGAUAAGCAGAGGUUAGAGGAAGAGGACGAUACAUCUAGCAGGAAGGAAGAAGAGAAACAUUCACAAUUCGAGAGAGAUGUCUCAAGAUUCGUCCGACAGUAUAUUAAGCACAAGGAAUGUGAUGUAUAUAUAAAACAUAAAAAAUUCGAAAAUGUUUGUCAAUGUAAUCGACCAAAAGCUUGGCAUGAUAAAAAGGGUCUUCGGGAGGAAGAAGCAGGUGAAAAAUGGAAUACCGAUAUUCAUAGUAGAGAAAUUAAAGCAACUUGCUACGGAACUGUACAAUUUAGGGGUUUUGGUCAAGAAGCGACGGCGCCCGCUCCCUAUGUAAGAGUAGCUAAUAAUUGUGAUAUGGAUAUUAUGUGGAAACUAUUGCAUGAACAUUGGGGAUUAAAAGCUCCAAAAUUACUCAUUUCUGUUACUGGAGGUGCCAAGAGAUUUUUUAUGAAACCUAGAUUAAAAAAUAAUUUUAAGAGGGGCCUUGUAAAUGCUGCUACUUCAACGGGAGCAUGGAUAAUUACGGGUGGAACGGGAGCGGGAGUAAUGAAGUUUGUUGGUGAAGCUGUUCGAGAAUAUACUAUGUCCUCUGCUAAUUUGGAAAAUAGUAUUGUUGCUUUGGGUAUUGCCACAUGGGGUAUUGUCGAUAAUAAGGAAGCUCUUGAAUCUCGGUCUCUUAAUAAAGGUGCUGACGAUGGAUGCUUUCCGGCAGAAUAUAAUAUUGAAGGAUUAGAUUAUGAUAAAAAGGGAGUGUCACCAAUUGAUCAUAAUCAUACACAUUUCAUUCUUGUUGACGAUGGUAAAGUUAAAUCAUUCGGUGCCGAGAUAUCUUUACGUUGUGAUCUUGAAAGACACAUAAGCUUGAAAAUAGAAACUGGAAUAGCUAGACAGCAAAGUGUAAAUGUACCAGUUGUAUUACUUGUUCUAGAAGGAGGUGUAAAUACUUUAGAAACUGCAGCAGUUGCAAUCGCCAACAAAACUCCAGUUGUGGUUAUUCAGGGUUCAGGACGAGCAGCAGAUUUUAUAGCAUAUGCCUAUCGUAUUACUAAAGUCCCAGGUAAGGAAGAUGAAAGUAAUUUUCCAUCAACUUUCAACGAAGAGCUUCGAAAACGAGCAAGCGAAAUGUUUGAUUGGGGAAGGGAAAUAUGCCAACAAGAUAUAGAUGAUAAAAUAGAACAAUGUAUUGUAAAUAUAAAAGCAAUAAUUGACCAGAGAACGUUAGUGACCGUUUUCCAAUUGGACGAUGCUGAAUCAACCAAAGAAAUUGAUCAAGCCAUACUGUAUGCUCUACUGAAGGCUAAUAAAUCUCAUCCCCAAUCUCAGUUAAACUUGGCUCUUGCAUGGAAUAGAUGUGAUGUUGCAAGAGCUGAAAUUUUCACUAUGGAAAAUUCUAAGAGAUGGCAAAACUUAGGCCUAAAUGAUGCAAUGUUUACAGCCUUAAUGCAAGAUAGAUCUGAUUUUGUUCAACUCUUUCUUGAUAAUGGUGUAGAUUUGAGAAAAUUUCUUACUAUUUUCCGUCUAAGAGAGUUAUAUGAUAAUAUCUUACACAGUAAACCGGGUGCGGCAAGUGCUGAUCUUUUAAGAAAUCUUUUACAAACAGCUCAACAAAAAUGGGGAAUUGGAUGCUGCUCACCAAAAGAGUUACGAGAUGAUUUACCUGAAUUGUUACAACAUGUUGGUGAAGUGUUUGCAAUUCUUCUUAAAGAGUCUAAAAACCUGUACAAUACGGAUAGAUACAUUGUUCCUAAAGAAAGCAAGAUGAACGCUAGUCAAACUUUUGUGGUUACCGAUAAGAGCGGUGUUGUAGAAAACGCUGAAAGAGAAUUGUUCUUGUGGGCGGUAGCGUUAAAUCGGCGCACACUAGCUCUCCUAUUUUGGAGAAUAGGUAGGGAUCAUAUUGGAGCUGCUUUAACAGCGGCAUCUAUUUUAAAGAGUCUUUCCGAAGAAGCAAAUAAAGAAGAGGAAUUGGAUUUGUCAACUGAUCUUAUGAACCAUGCUGCUGAAUGGGAAGCGAGAGCAGUUGGUACUUUAAACGAAUGUUACAAUAGAAACAAGCGCUAUGCUCAUUUAGUACUAGUCAGAGAACUAACGGACUGGGGUAAUUCAACGGUCCUUUCUUUGGCUGAUUCAGCCGAAUUAAUGGAUCUUAUGGGUCAUUCGUGCUGUCAGACAAAGCUCAAUAGAAUUUGGAAGGGAAAAAUGGCAUUAUAUACUUCCGAAUGGAAAAUAUGGUUGACCCUUGUUUUUCAAUUUCUGAUUCCUUUUUUGAUUAAAUUUACCAACGAAAAUUCAACUUCAAACAAAGUAUCACCGGAAACGGAAGAAGACGACGAACAACCGUCGAAUAAAAACUUUACUACAAAGUUAUAUUCAGUUAAUUUACUCGGGAGCGGUCACCAAAAUAUCAGCCUACUCAAUGCAAUUAAGUACUUUAAUACAGCUCCUGUAACCAAAUUUUGGUUCCAUACACUUUCUUAUAUAAUAUUUUUGGGAUUCUUCUCAUUUUUUAUACUGACCGACCUUCAACCUUGGACGUCUGCAAAAAGACCAAGUUCAUACGAAUUUCUUAUUUGGGGUUGGGCAGCGACAUUGUUCUUAGAAGAAUUCCGACAAGUGAGUAUUAUCAUAACAAAUAGAUAUUUAUUAUAAGUAAACUAAAAUGGUUUUUAUUUUUAAAAAUCAUUUAUUUCUACCUUUAUUUUAUCUUUUCAUUUAUUUUAUCUCUUCGUUAACUAGUCCCAACUAAUGAGAGGGGUAAGAUUAUAUAAUUUUCUUUUGUGCAAUCUUUUUUUUCCCAUGUUUUAAUUGAUCAAUCCUGUUAUUAAUAUAAUCACCAAAAACAAAAAAAAAGAACAAAAAAAAAGAACAUAAUUUGCAUAUUUCGUAUUAAAAAAAAAAGACAACAUAAUUUUCUGAUUUAGUUAUAAAAAUUCUUUUUUUAUUAUUUGUUUUUUUAAAAAAAAAGUUGAUUUAUUUCUCUUUAUACUUUAUUCACUUGCAAAAUUUUAUUUCCUAAAAUCUUAGAUGGGGAACAGAGAUGCGUCGUCGGCAUUACACAGACUUCGAUCCUAUAUCACAAAUGUUUGGAAUCAAUUUGACCAAGUUGCCUAUAUUUUACUGAUAAUUUCAGUCAUUUUGAGAAGUGCUGUACCGUCCGAUAAAUUUAUGUGGGCCAGAAUAUUCUAUUGUUUGACACUGGCAACAUUUUUCUUAAGAUUUAUGCAUGUUUUCUUUGUCAACAAAAAUAUUGGUCCUAAAGUUAUAAUGAUCCGAAGAAUGCUUACCGAUUUAUUAUUCUUUGUUGCCAUAUUGAUAGUUUUCAUAUUAGCUUAUGGAGUGGCGAGUCACGCCCUCCGCUUUCCUAAUGCACCGGUUAGUUGGCGUCUAUUAAAAGACGUUGUCUAUCUUCCGUAUUGGCAAAUGUACGGUGAACUAUUUCUCGAAAACGUCGAAGGAAAUGUUGACAAUUGUAAUUCUACUGCUGGAAGUAGCGAUUCUUGUCCCAGGAAAUCUUGGCUGGCAAUUGUUCUAUUCGCUAUUUAUAUGAUUAUAACCAAUGUUCUCUUGCUAAAUCUCCUUAUUGCCAUGUUCUCGUAUACUUUUGAAAAAGUACAAGAAAACUCUGAAAAAGUAUGGAGAUACUAUAGAUACAAUCUUAUUUAUGAGUACUUUGAUAGACCAACCCUUGCACCUCCCUUAAUAAUUUUAUCCCACAUUUGGCGUGUGAUUAAAUAUUGUAAUCGGAAGGUUAGACAACGGAAGAAAACCGAUCAUGAUUUCCGGAGAAUUUUAUCAAUUGAAGAUAAUAAUAAAAUGUCUGCGUUUGAAAGAGCUUGUAUGGAGAAUUACUUACUAUUGUCAAAUAAACUAAAUCGUGAACAAAUUCAUGCUAAAGUCACAACAGCUGGAGAGAAAAUUGAAAAGGUUAUUGAAGAACUUGAACAAAUUAAAGAGUCUGUUCAAACGAAAAGUACUUUCGAUACUCCUGAAGUUAAUAUUUCAGAAUCAGUUUCGAGAGCACCUGCUCCAAAUUCUUUAGAAGUAUCUGGAUCAUCAAGAUACAAUCCGAAAGAAGAUAUCCGUAUUUUAAAUAGUAAAAUAUCAGAUUUAAAACAGAAUAUGGAUGAUCAAGAGAAGAAAUUUGAUAAGAUAAUGAAUAUGUUAGGAAAACUUUCACGACAAUAGAAACUAUUUAACAAAGAAUCUAUCAGAUAACCAUAAACUAUAUUACUUUUAUAAGAAAGUAAUUAAAGAUAACGUACAUUUUUACAAUAAUUAGACAUAUUUUAGUUGAUACAAUAAAAAAACU